UUUUCCGCAAGGUGGCGACUACGGCGGGCGCAGACUAAAAAGACAGACUUUUUUCUAUAUAAUAUACGGCAGGAAUCAGUGCAAAAACCGAUCCAACGCAAUGGCUGCUAGAUUCAUACAGAAAAUUCUCAAUCAACUGGGUUUGAUUGCAGCGCGUGAUGCUCCGGCGGCGACUGCGACGCCAGCAGUGAGCCAGGUCAACGCGACUCCAGCCGCCAGCCGGUCCUACUCCUCCGGCACCAAGAAAGUCACCCUCAUCCCAGGCGAUGGCAUCGGACCCGAGAUCUCCGCGGCCGUGCAGAAGAUCUUCACCGCCGCCAAUGUGCCCAUCGAGUGGGAGGCCGUGGACGUGACCCCCGUUCGGGGUCCCGACGGAAAGUUCGGCAUCCCACAGGCCGCCAUUGACUCCGUGAACACGAACAAGAUCGGCCUGAAGGGUCCUCUGAUGACGCCCGUGGGCAAGGGCCAUCGGUCGCUGAAUCUGGCCCUGCGCAAGGAGUUCAACCUGUACGCCAACGUGCGUCCCUGCCGCAGUCUCGAGGGCUACAAGACGCUGUACGAUGAUGUGGACGUGGUCACCAUCCGCGAGAACACCGAGGGCGAGUACUCUGGCAUCGAGCACGAGAUCGUUGACGGUGUCGUUCAGAGCAUCAAGCUGAUCACCGAGGAGGCCUCCAAGCGUGUGGCCGAGUACGCCUUCCAGUAUGCCAAGAACAACAACCGCAAGAAGGUUACCGUGGUGCACAAGGCGAACAUUAUGCGCAUGUCUGACGGUCUCUUCCUGCGCUGUGUCCGCGACAUGGCCCAGAAGUUCCCCGAAAUUCAGUUCGAGGAGAAGUAUCUGGAUACGGUGUGCCUGAACAUGGUCCAGAACCCCGGAAAAUACGACGUGCUGGUCAUGCCCAAUCUGUAUGGUGAUAUUUUGUCUGACAUGUGCGCCGGUUUGGUGGGCGGCCUCGGUCUGACGCCCUCCGGCAACAUGGGCCUGAACGGUGCCCUGUUCGAGUCCGUGCACGGAACCGCCCCCGAUAUUGCCGGCAAGGACCUGGCCAAUCCCACUGCCCUGCUGCUGUCGGCAGUGAUGAUGCUGCGCCACAUGGAGCUCAACACGUACGCCGAUAAGAUCGAGCGUGCCGCCUUCGAGACCAUCAAGGAGGGCAAGUACCUCACCGGCGAUCUGGGCGGCCGCGCCAAGUGCUCCGAGUUCACGAACGAGAUCUGCGCCAAGCUGUAGACGACUGAUCACGGAUCACCCGCAUAAACUGUAGCAAGUAUCGCCAACAAUAACAACAACCGAUGAGAACAAGCAGAGAACUACGCCAGGAAUAUUGCGCAGAGGGAGGAUGAUGCAGUAUGAACAACAGCAAUUAAACACUCGCCCAAACCAAAAAUAUAUAGCAGCAACAACCACAACAGCAACAACACUCACUAAACUUUGCCGAACAUUUCCUACGUUUAACCUUUUACAAAUUGUGCAAGCACCCCUCGCCCCGAAAACAACAACAAAAUUUCUAUAGAGCUAACACUACCUAAAGUAUUUUUAUGUUCGAAUACCUAGGUAUAUUAUUUAAUUUGCUUAGGCCAAACUUGCAAGCGUUAAAAUUCGUUAAAUUGCCAAUUUUACUUGCGGUAGUAAAGUAUUUUUGUCGCCAUCCAGCCAAACCUUGAGUUAUUAUUGUUUAUAUGAUUCGUAUGCAAAAGGAUAAUCUUAAUUAUUUAUUGAUUACUAAUUCCCUAAUUUGUUUAGACCCUUGAGUUAAGUGAGCUCCCCGUGCAGCGUGCUGCCGACCCACUUAAAGAAAUCAGCAAUUUUGUCAAAUUCGAGGCAAAACGUGUGAAAUAGAAGCCAGACUAGUGGAAAGUUGAGUGUAAACGGUUACAAUAAUUUUAUUCUAAACAGAACGCAAGUAAAACUUAUUCAAACCAAGAGAGAAAAAACACAAAUGCUAUGAAAUGAAAGCAAUUGUUAUUAAUAAUUAUUAAGCGAAUUGUAAUGCAAAAUCAUCAUGCAAUUGUUAAAACUCAAUAAAGGAAACCAAACUAAAAA